CCUCCUCUUCCUCCCAGCUGACAGCAGAGACUCAAACGUCGGAUUAUAAUCUGGUAUUUCGUGCUCCAGGAUCCAUCGCGGUGCCUCUGGGCUCUGGGGCAGUUUGUAGACUUCCGUGUGUGCGGUUUGAAGGAGUUUGCAGGGCUUGUAGAGCAGAAUAAAAGCAGGGCAGCAGUGAAACAACCUCUUCCUGUUGACAUGCAGCGACCAGCAGCUAGCAGGUGAGGUUAGCAGCGAGCUCACGGGGAUUAUGGCUCUAGUUUUAAAGAUCUUCUGUUUGCCUUUGCGUUGUAGUUAGUGCAGUGUAGAUUAGAUAUUUGCGCGUUGCCGUGUCAAUGCAGGGAUUAUAAUCCCGACUGUCGAGUUAGAUUCUGUCAGUGAGAAAGGUUUGUUCCUGUGCAGCUAGCGUUAGCCGCGGAGCUAGGCUAGCUAGCCUGUAGUGUUUACCUUGGUAGUUUAGUUAAUAAAGUCUUUAUCUCCUUCUGAAACCCCGCCGGCUCCUCGGUCAGCAGCCGGACGCCGUGAUUUCAGUCUAAUCUCGGCCCUCAAGUGUCGUUCUCAGCCAACAUGGCUCCUAAAAAGAGGCCAGUGCCACUAAACAUUCCCACUGGUGAUGGAUUGUCCAGCUCCAACCCAGAGGUCUCGUCUGAGGCCAACCUGGAGUCCCUGAAGAGGAUCCUGGAGGAGCUGGACCUGGACGAGCAGCAGAAGAAGAGGCUGGAGGCCUUCCUCACCCAGAAGGCCAAAGUGGGCGAGCUGAAGGACGACGACUUCCACCGGAUCUGCGAGCUGGGCGCCGGCAACGGCGGCGUGGUCAACAGGGAGUGCCACAAGCCCUCGGGCAUCGUCAUGGCCCGCAAGCUCAUCCACCUGGAGAUCAAGCCCGCCGUCCGGAACCAGAUCAUCCGGGAGCUGCAGGUGCUGCACGAGUGCAACUCGCCCUACAUCGUGGGUUUCUACGGCGCCUUCUACAGCGACGGGGAGAUCAGCAUCUGCAUGGAGCACAUGGACGGCGGAUCUCUGGACCAGGUCCUGAAGGAAGCCGGCCGGAUCCCAGAGGAGAUCCUGGGCAAAGUCAGCAUCGCUGUCCUGAGAGGCCUGGCCUACCUGCGAGAAAAGCACCAGAUCAUGCACAGAGACGUGAAGCCCUCGAACAUUCUGGUGAAUUCCCGCGGUGAGAUCAAGUUGUGUGACUUCGGCGUGAGCGGGCAGCUCAUCGACUCCAUGGCCAACUCGUUUGUUGGGACUCGGUCGUACAUGUCGCCGGAGCGGCUCCAGGGAACCCACUACUCGGUGCAGUCGGACGUGUGGAGCAUGGGCCUGUCGCUGGUGGAGCUGUCCAUCGGCCGCUACCCCAUCCCCCCUCCCGACGCCAGAGAGCUGGAGGCCAUCUUUGGACGCUCCAUCCUGGACGACGCGGAGGGAGAGACGCACGGCACGUCGCCCCGGCCGCGGCCGCCGGGCCGCCCCGUCAGUGGUCACGGUCCCGUCAUGGCCAUCUUCGAGCUGCUGGACUACAUCGUGAACGAGCCGCCCCCGAAGCUCCCCCACGGCGUCUUCACCUGCGACUUCCAGGACUUCGUGACUAAGUGUCUGAUCAAGAACCCUGCAGACAGAGCGGAUUUGAAGAUGCUGAUGAACCACACCUUCAUCAAGCGCUCGGAGGCGGAGGAGGUGGACUUUGCGGGCUGGCUGUGCAGAACCAUGAGCCUGAACCAGCCCAGCACCCCCACUCGCACGGCCGACUGAGCGGCUCCGCUGGAAACGUCCUCUCGGUCCGCCUCCCGCUGCUGCUGCCGGGGCGAAUCCGGCUCCGUGUUUCACCGCCUGCUUUAGUCGUUUUCGGUUUGAGCUGGUUUACACUAAAUCCCGCCAUGUUGGGCUUUUCCUCUGCAGCAGCAGAAACAUCUGGGAGGAUGGUUUUCUUUUCAAUCUUUGAGAAUAAAUUAAAAUAGAUGAGUGGAGGGUUAAAGUAUUGGGGAGUGUGUGUUUUAAGAUUUCCACACACACUUUAAAAAUCGGUCACUUUGUUUUUAAUCGCCUCUGCUUUUCAGUUUUGUCUGAAUUUCCUUGGAGCUUUUACAGUACAAGUAUGUCAAUCAGUUGUUCCAAUCACGGGUGAGCAAAGCGUUUGUGUGGAUUAGUUUGUUUUUUUUAUCCGUUAUUCAAAGGCAGAGCGGUAAGAAGGUAGCGGGAGAGGCGACGGCUUUCUAUGAACUCUGAGAUGUUUGAGGUGAAGCACAAUGUUGAAAACAUUCUAGCAUGACCCUCAUGUCGAAGCCAAAAAGAAUAAAAACAGUCACAACCUCCCUCGUCCCUCCG